ACCUCUUCUUCUAUUGAACUAUAACACAUAUUCAUUAUCUAUUUUCUUGAAAAAAGAAAAUGAUAAUUAAAUACGUUUUUGCUACAUUAUCACUAUGCCUAAUCACAUUAUCCGAGGCAUACUUUUAUGUGCCCGAUUUCAUGGCUAACUUGCCUUUCAAAGGUGGCAUGUCAGCAGCACAAAAAGAUAAAUCGCUCAUCCUGUUUGGUGGCGAAAAUGCAACAACAACUUACACGAAUGACUUGUAUCAAUUGACACGAGUCGCAGAUACUUUUACAUGGCAAACACUCAGUCAACAAAACGCACCUCCGGGAAAUGUUUACGGCCAAGCGAUCAUCACAAAGGAUAAUAAGAACAUGUUCCUUAUGGGCGGCAUGACGAAUACAACGAACAAUCAAAUUAUACCACUACAAUAUUACCAAUAUUCUUUUGAUUCGAGCUCUUGGUCACCUGCAAUCACCAAUGGCAACACUUCAAUCGAUCCUAAAGGCAUUCCUCUCAAUAGAAAAUUAUUUAGUGCGACUUACGACGGUUCAAGCAAAGUUUAUAUUUAUGGUGGCGCAUUGAAUGAAACUGCCAUUUUUUCAGACUUUUGGAUGAUGGAUUUAAAUACAAAAAAAUUCACUCCGUUGCCUUCACCUAAUAUUCCACGAUAUGCACAUACGGCUUCCUACCUUAGUAAUGGACAGCUUGUCAUUAUUGGUGGUGUAGCCCAAGUGAAUCAAAGCGGGCAGAUAGGAAACAUCCUCGCGCCGAUGAACCAAAUCUAUGUCUAUGAUACAAAAUCAAAUCAAUGGGACCUUAAAGUGGCAAAUGGUACUAAUAAAGUACUUCCAUCAACAAGAACCGCACAUAAUGCUAUCGUCACUGAAGAUGAUCGAAUCAUCAUUUUUGGAGGUGAUAACGGUGCUGCACAAAGAGGAAGAGCCUACCUUAACGCUGUAGGAAUACUUGACACAAAGACUUGGACUUGGACGACUCCAGCGGUGAAAGGUAUUCCACCCUCACGACGAUCUUAUGCAUCUGCAGGUUUGAUAGAUAACAGAUAUCUCACAGUUGCUUUUGGUUCUUCUUUAAAUUCUUAUUACAACGACGUCAAUGUUUUUGACAUUGAGAAAAAGGCCUGGCUUCAAUCAUUCGAACCUCAAGUGAGAGAACGCCAUAGAAAAUUAUCUGGAGGAGUAAUUGCAGGCAUCGUUAUUGCUUGUGUUGUACUUGCUGUCAUUUUCAUAUUCUUGAUUUGGAGAUUCCAAGGCUUCUUUGGAUGGCUUAUCAAGCGUAUUCAUCGCGAUAUAUGGCAACCUCGUACGGGUGAGCCUAUGUGGGCAGAGACAGCACGUAUUAUCUUCCAGAUUAUUCUGUUGUUCAUUUUUGCGGUCUUCCUUGCCUUCGUUAUUCGCCAAGCUAUUCAUAGCCCGCAUGUGACGCAGACGAUUGAAGAAAGUGUUGCUGAAGUUCAAGUUCCCGACGUUAGAUUCUGUUUCGAUGGUUAUCCCGAGUAUUCCACCCAGGAUAUGAGAAGUGUAGGUGUCACUUGCCAAACGGACAAUGGCUAUUCCUGCAGUAAAUUCAUCCAGCCUUUGAACAUGUCAGUAUUCCAGCCCACAUUUGCCGAUAAUCUGGGCUCUGUCCAUUGCUAUUUAUUCAGAGCGCCGAACGAUUUUGUAUUAACUUCUACUUCAGGCGCGAACAAUGGAUCGAGAUUGAUUUUCACUUUCUGGGGCGAUCAGAGUAUCAAUUAUGGUCGCGUUCACACUUCAGUAUACCCCAAGACAAUGGAUCCCAAUUCUGUUAUUUACGGCAUUAACGAUGGUCUUCCCACGUUAAUGGCCGAAAGUGAAGUUUUGAACUGGCAAGUGAAUGAACGAAACGAUAUCCAAGCAACAAAUGUAUUUACGGUAGAGCCCUUCACCUACAGCGCUCUCGCUUACAAUCUCAUUGAGCAUCGGUACUUACAGGAGGUAUCAUGGAAUUACGUUGGUUUCUUGCCUAUUUUCAAUAUCACUCCAGAAAUUGAGACCUACUUCAGGCAAGAGGCAGAAAAUCCAAACUAUGCAAACACCCAUCAAGAUCUAGGCGUCAUGGCUGUUUUCCCCAAUCGUUUCAUCACCACUGUUGAGAGAGAAGUUAAAAUGUACACCUUAGUCAACGCCCUUGGCUUUGUAGGUGGUAUUUUCGGUUUACUUGUCGCAGUUCAGACAUGGCUUUUUGGAUAUCGUCCUCGCUCACCAUGGGGCGUCAUCCAAAGAUGGUCUGUGGGUGACAUGAAGCGUUCACUCCUCCGGGGUCUUCAAUCAAAGUUCAAAAUCAGUGAGUCUGGCGUGCCUCUCGUACAUCCUGUCCACCAUCGGUUCAGCGUGACCAACAUAAAUAACGCAAGCGAAUAUAACGAACCCGAAACACAAAGAAUCAAUCGUGUUGAGGAACGUAUGCAAAUGUUAGAAAUGCUCUUCAAGGCGUACUAUGUUGAUGACGAAGUGUUUAGAUCUUUAGACGACGCUAAUAGAGCUGAGCAUUACAACAAUAACAACCAACGAGGAGGAAACUCGUAUCCACCACCUAGCUUUAAGAACGAUGUUGCUCCUAGGUCUGAAAAGAUGACUGCUGAAGACACUUAUUCAACAACCACAAGUGCUACUAUUUUAAAUCGUGCCGCUCCUCCUUCCUUUAGUAGAUGUGAUACAGGAGAUAGUUCUGCAUCUCAUAACCCGCUCACCCAACAUUAUCAGCACGCCCCACCUUACCAACCUUCAACGAAUUUUCAAAUGAAGGACUUUUAAUCUGGAGGAAGUCCAAAUCUAUCUAUUAACAUAUAAAAAUACAGUCAUUUCAGAAAGUAAAGUCGCUGAUUUUAUCUUCAAGAAUGAUGUCGAUUAAUAUAAAAAUAAAGUCGUUCUAUGUUCAUUUUUCCUUGUCGCUUAGUAAUUAUGCUCAAAAACAUACACGUCUGGCUAUUAUUGACUAUGCUGGCCUUUCCGCAUCUCCGAAUGACAGGCGAAAAUUUCUCAACACGUAACCCAUAUCAAAGAAAUUGCCAUUGACUAUGGUAAAUCAACUGAGAUCUUAG